AGCCUUGAUAUUUGAUUAAUUGAGAGGAUUGUGAUACCCAUAGCCUUUUUUCCCUAUAUUUGUCAUGAAUAUCCUGAUUUGGGCAUUUAAAUUCUGUUUUUUAAUUCAAAAUUGUUUAUCCAGCCGAAUGCUUCUGCAGAAGAGAGUGUUCUUUCACUCACACAGAGUCCAGCCUAUGGCACCAGAACAAGUGUUGUCAGACCGUGACAGUGAAGAUGAAGUUGACGAUGACAUUGCAGAUCUUGAAGAUAGAAGGAUGCUUGAUGAUUUUGUGGAUGUUUCCAAAGAUGAAAAACAACUCAUGCAUCUCUGGAACUCCUUUAUGAGGAAGCAAAGGGUGCUGGCGGAUGGUCAUGUGCCGUGGGCCUGUGAGGCAUUUUCCAAGCUUCAUGGAAAAAAGCUGGUCACAUCUCCAACUUUAUUCUGCAGGUGUUGGAGGUUGUUCAUGAUUAAACUUUGGAAUCAUGGUCUUCUUGAUGCCUGCACAAUGAACAACUGUAACAGAACAUUAGAUAGUUACAGAAACGAGGGAUUGGGUACUAGCAAAUAAAGAACGAAAAGAACGAAAGGAAACUGACUCAACUAUAAAGAAUAUACAGUCUUCCCUGCCUUAUAUUUUGCUUGACAGCAGGUUCCCAUUUUCGUAUUUGCAUAAUUUAUUAUGAUUUUUUUUGGCUAGUUUUGGCCUGUACAUCGUAUCAAUAUUCCCAUUGUAUUGAGAUUGAAAUGAAAUUUAGUUUAUUCUCACAGAAAUUACAUUUCUGAAUC